AGAAAUUUUUUUAAAAAAAAAAAAAUCUCAACCACUCCCUUCUUCAAUAUGCGUAUAUAAAGUUUCUUUCAUGUUCCAUGCAUUUUAGUAUCAAUCCCGAUUGUCCACAACCUCUGUUGGUGCUCAUUUUCUCGAGAAACAAACAGGGAAAAGAUAGAGAGAUAGAGAGACAGAGAGAGAGGUUAUCUCUCUCCAAGUUCUCCCAAACACUUCAAAAAAAAAAAAAUCGAUCAGCCAUGGCUGCAGCAGCCUUGUCUAUCGAAACCGGCGUCACCGUCCAAGAAACGGUUGACCUCGAGAGAAACAGUAUCAGCCAUCGCCAUGAAAGGGCUGAAUGGGUACUCAAUGCUCCAAACCCACCAAGCCUCUGGCGGGAGCUCGCAGAUUCCUUGAAAGAAACUGUUUUGCCGCGAAAAACCAAACUGUUUCAAUCUCUCAAGCAGGAACCUGCACCAAAACGCGUCGUUUCAAUCUUGCAGGGAAUAUUUCCUAUUCUCUGCUGGUGCCAAAACUACAAAGCCACGAAAUUUAAGCGCGAUCUGAUGGCCGGUUUAACUCUCGCCAGCCUUUGCAUUCCUCAGAGUAUCGGUUAUGCAACUCUAGCGAAGCUUGACCCUCAAUACGGCCUCUACACAAGUGUUGUUCCGCCGUUGAUUUACGCAGUAAUGGGGACUUCGAGAGAGAUAGCCAUUGGACCUGUUGCCGUGGUUUCAUUGCUCUUGUCGUCGAUGUUACAGAAACUGGGAGAUCCUGAUGCUGAUCCGAUUUCUUACAGGAAGCUUGUACUUACUACAACCUUCUUUGCCGGCAUGUUUCAAGCUGCCUUUGGCCUGUUCCGGUUGGGUUUCCUGGUGGAUUUCCUUUCACACGCAGCGAUUGUUGGGUUCAUGGCGGGUGCCGCUAUUGUCAUUGGCCUUCAACAGCUCAAGGGUCUGCUGGGAAUUAGCAAGUUCACCAACAAUACGGAUGUUGUCUCUGUUGUGAAAGCAGUGUGGAAUUCACUUCAUCACCAAUGGAAUCCGUACACCUUUAUCCUGGGUUGUUCAUUUCUCUCUUUUAUCCUAUGUACAAGAUUCUUGGGAAGAAGGAACAAGAAACUAUUCUGGUUGCCAGCCAUUGCUCCUCUACUAUCAGUAAUCAUAUCAACCCUCAUCGUCUUCAUAACCAAAGCUGAUAACCAUGGAGUCAAGACAGUGAAACACAUAAAAGGAGGCCUGAACCCAUCGUCUGUUCAUCAGUUAGAAUUCAACACCCCACAUGUUGGAGAAGUUGCCAAAAUUGGGUUGAUCAUUGCUGUCGUCGCUCUUACAGAAGCAAUUGCGGUGGGUCGAUCAUUUGCGUCCAUAAAAGGAUACCACCUUGAUGGAAACAAAGAAAUGGUAGCCAUGGGAUUCAUGAAUCUUGUUGGAUCCUUCACUUCAUGCUAUGUGGCCACUGGAUCGUUCUCCAGAACGGCGGUAAAUUUCACGGCGGGGUGCGAGAGUGCAAUGUCAAAUAUAGUAAUGGCGAUUACAGUGUUGAUAACGUUGGAGUUUCUGACGAAGCUGUUGUAUUACACUCCAAUAUCGAUUCUUGCUUCCAUUAUCCUCUCUGCUCUACCAGGUCUGAUCGAUUAUAAUGAAGCUAUCAAGAUAUGGAAGAUUGACAAGCUUGAUUUCCUUGCUUGUGCCGGUGCUUUCUUCGGCGUUCUCUUUGCAUCCGUCGAGAUCGGCCUUCUCGCUGCGAUAACAAUAUCAUUUGCAAAGAUCAUCCUCAUCUCAAUUCGGCCUGGCACAGAAACCCUAGGCAGACUUCCUGGCACUGAUAUAUUCUGUGACAUUGAUCAGUAUCCUAUGGCUAUUGACACACCAGGAGUUCUAAUAAUCCGAGUCAAAUCUGCUUUGCUUUGCUUCGCCAAUGCUAAUUUCGGGAGAGAAAAGAUUGUGAGAUGGGCAAGUAGUGAAGGUUCUGAAGAAGAGAAGCAAGAAAAAGCCAAAAGGAAUAUUCAACGUGUAGUUCUUGAUAUGUCCAAUUUGAUGAACAUUGACACCUCUGGUAUUGCCUCUUUAGAGGAACUAAAUAAGGAACUUCUCUCAGGUGGAAUAGAGUUAGCAAUUGUUAACCCAAGAUGGCAAGUGAUCCACAAGCUGAGAGUAUCGAAGUUUGUGGAGAAGAUAGAAGGAAGAGUGUUCUUGACAGUGUUGGAGGCUGUCGAUUCCGCUGCUCCUGAAGCUAAAAUGCCCCCAAUUUGAUCAACAACUCCGAACAUGUAUAAUAUAUAUGUAUAAUAACUCAAAAUGAUUUUCUUUUUAAUCAAUUGUAUGUCUUUAUAGCA